AUGCAUUCGCAUCUGCACACCCCCUACAACGUCAACUGCGAGGAGAUCAUGACUGCCCUCGACGAAUGCCACGCCAAGGGAUUCAUUCAUAAAGCCAUCGGAAGCUGCAACGAUAUCAAGCGCGAUGUUAACAAAUGCCUUUCCGGAGAGCGCUACGAGCGCGCAAAGCGCAACCGAGACCAGGCCCGUGGAAACCGCAAGCGUGUUGAAGAGAUAUGGGCUAAGGAGAGAGAGUUCGAGCAGGGCCCUUCCAAUGUCGCCGCCGCCGCCGCCGCUGCAGCAACCGCCACAAAUUCCGGUGCAAAGCAAUAG